AUGAUUACCAGCUCUUCGCUGCAACGCAAGUCGCCCCGCUCCCACGAACCUCCUCACUACCAACAAUCGCCGGGCCGCGCGCGACAACGGUCGACAUCUUCUUCCGCCACCAACGCUGCUGCGACGGUCCCGCUACACCACUCACCUUCCUCGCGGCUCGCCUCGUCGUCUUCGUCUCGCAGGGACUCGGCUGCCUCGUGCCGCGCCCCCAAGGCUUCCGCCUCCCCCGCCGCCUCGGCUGGCACCCAUCAGUUUUCUCCUUCCUCUCGCGCCGGGCCCGCCAGGUUUCCCUCACCCCCACCGUCCUCAUCCCCCACCGCCGUCGUCCCGCCACCUUCCUCGGCAGAUGAUGCAAAUUUGGCGUCUAUGGAUGCCAUCAAGAGAGAUGACGUCUCUGUGACACAAUUUCAUCCUCCCGCUUUAGCCUCCGACCCCCGGCAGCAGCAGCCCUCACCGCCCUCCGACGACUAUCGCAUCCACGGCCCCUCGGCCGGUCUUGCUGCCCAACCCGCCGCCGGUCCUCUGGCGCCGCCGGUCGAUGCCCCCGUUGCGCCUGUCGUUCAUGUCCGCGAUCUCGCACACAUCACAACUCUCGUACAGGAGGGCAUGAUCGGAGGCCCCGCCAACGGCCCCUCGGCAGGUCAGACCAAGUACGAGAUUAGCGCCAUGCCUAUAAACGACGUCAUUGACAUGGUCGCCGCGCUGCUCACCAAAAUCACAACUACAAACGACCUGCAGCACGAUGCCAUGCAGCGCAAUGUCACCCAUCAGCAGCAGGCCAACCAGACUCACGACGCCUCCGGCUCGCACAUGAGCCCACUGAGCCACUCUGUCCUGGCCUUCCACGGUAAAAACGUCCCUGCCAUCUCCAUCCUUAGCUACCUCGGCAGAAUACACAAGUACUGCCCAACCACCUAUGAGGUGUUUCUGAGCCUGCUUGUGUACUUUGACCGCAUGACGGAGCGCGUCAAUGAUAGAGUCGUCAAGACGGAGCGUGCCCGUCAAAGGGCCGCUUCCCAGUCGCAAACAUAUCCUGCCCACUCGCGCUCUGCCUCGCGGCAGGUCGACACGACAAUGCGCGAUACCACUACCUCUGCCACCGACAACUCGGACGAGACGGACUCUGACCUGGCCGACGACGAUGACGACGACGCGGACGAUGCAAUGGUCGACUCGCCAACGGCACGAGAGGACGGUGUCAAACCGUUUGCGCCAGAGGAGCGCCAUGUUGCUAGCCCAGCGACCUAUUUUGUCGUCGACAGCUUCAACAUCCAUCGUCUCAUCAUCUCGGGCGUCACUUGCGCAAGUAAAUUCUUUUCGGACGUCUUUUACACCAACUCGAGAUAUGCCAAGGUUGGUGGUCUGCCGCUUGCCGAACUAAACCAUUUGGAGCUCCAAUUCCUCGUUCUCAACGAUUUUCGACUGGCUAUUCCCGUCGAGGAGCUCGAAGGCUACGCUACAAUGCUGGUCGAAUUCUACGCCCGCGAAGUCGUGGCCAAGGGAGUCGGUAUUAAAUAA